UCGGAGCUCACACGCUGCUGUUAAACUGAAAUCUGGACCUCACGAUGGCUGCCGGCAAGAGGAGCAGAGCGAGGAGAAGGAGGGGACGCGCCGUUCACUCAGGGUGGUUUUCUUGGCUGCACAACUUGAGUGAAAUCAUGGCCGACAUAAAAGACCCUGACACAAAAGUGAAUAAUAACAAUCCUAACACAGAAAUUUUACUGGAAGAAGCAGAAGACACCAGCAGGGGUCAUAAAGAAAAUAAACAAAAAGAAAAACCAAGGGCAGUUGGACCCUGUGAAAUUUUUCGAUAUGCGAGUCGGUUGGAUAUUUUCUUCAUGAUUACUGGAUUUCUUGGCGCUUUAGGAAAUGGAAUAUGCCAGCCGCUGAUGCUUGUUGUGUUUGGUGAUAUGACAGACAGCCUUGUAUGCUACAACUCAUCAAUCCAAAAUACAUCUGCUUGUUUAAAGUUCAAACCUCUACCUGAACAGAUGACUGAGUAUUCCCUCUACUAUGUCGGAAUAGGAGCAGGUGUUAUACUCUGUGGCUACGUCCAAGUAUCAUUUUGGGUUUUAGCUGCAGCAAGACAGACAAGGAGGAUGAGGAAAAUGUUUUUUCAUUCAGUUUUAUCACAAGAGAUUAGUUGGUUUGAUGUUAACAAAUCUGGAGAACUUAACACACGUCUAACAGAAGAUGUCAACAAGAUCAAUGAUGGAAUUGGAGAUAAAGUCGGCCAUCUUGUGCAGAAUGUUGCAACCUGUGUAGGAGGACUGGUAAUUGGACUAAUCAAGGGUUGGCAACUUGCUCUUGUCAUAUUGGCCACAAGUCCAGUGGUGGCAAUUUCAACUGCAAUUUGUUCCAAGAUGGUGGUCUCACUGACUAGCAAGGAGCUGUCAGCUUAUGCAAAAGCCGGAUCUGUCGCUGAAGAGGUCCUUUCCUCAAUAAGGACUGUGGUGGCAUUUGGAGGACAGGAGAAAGAAAUUCAAAGAUACACAAAUAAUUUGGGAGAGGCCAAGCAAAUUGGAAUUAAAAAGGCCAUUACGUCUCAGUUGGCUGUUGGGUUUAUGUUUUUUAUGAUUUAUGCCUCUUAUGCACUUGGAUUUUGGUAUGGAUCAGUCUUAAUAUUGGGCAGAAAUGGAUAUACUAUUGGAGAUGUUCUUGUGGUUUUAUUCAGUGUCGUUCUUAGCAGCUACUGUGUUGGUCAAGCUGCUUCUCAUCUUGAUGCUUUCUCAGUGGCAAGAGGAGCUGCUUAUAAAAUAUUCCAAAUCAUUGACCAGGUAUCUACAAUUAACAGUUACUCAACAGAGGGGUACAAGCCCGAUAAUGUUAAAGGGAAUAUCGAAUUUAAAAAUGUGCACUUUUGUUACCCUUCAAGACCAAAUGUGCAGGUUUUAAAAGGAUUUAAUCUAAAAGUUAAAUCUGGACAGACUGUGGCUUUGGUUGGGCAAAGUGGAUGCGGUAAAAGCACCACAGUGCAGCUCCUGCAGAGAAUGUACGAUCCACAAGAAGGAACGAUAAUGGUUGACAGUCAUGAUAUAAGAUCUCUGAAUGUUAGACACUACCGAGAAAUGAUUGGCGUGGUCAGCCAAGAGCCUGUCCUGUUUGCAACAACCAUUAAAAACAAUAUCAAAUAUGGAAGAUUGGAUGUGACAGAUGAAGAAAUAGAGAAAGCAGCUAAGGAAGCCAAUGCCUAUGAUUUCAUUAUGGCACUCCCUGAGAAAUUUGAGACUCUUGUUGGAGAAAGAGGAGCUCAGCUAAGUGGUGGCCAGAAGCAAAGAAUAGCAAUAGCCAGAGCUUUGGUACGAAAUCCAAAAAUACUACUACUGGAUGAGGCCACCUCAGCUCUGGACACUGCCAGUGAGUCCGUUGUACAGGCUGCUCUAGACAAGGCCAUUGAAGGACGUACUACAAUUGUUAUUGCUCACCGCCUGAGCACUGUGUGGACCGCAGAUUUGAUAGUUGUGGUGGACAAUGGCGCUAUGGCUGAGCAGGGAACGCAUUCUGAAUUAAUGGAGAAAAAAGGAAUAUAUUAUUCACUUGUAACAGCACAGGCUAUACAAGUAGCAGAAAGCACAGCAGCUGGAGAAAAUGAAGAAGCAAUGCAGGGGAAACCGCCCCUUGUGCAGAGAUUAUAUUCUAACAUGUCUAACAUGUCAAAUGGAAAAUUUUCUGUAUCUGAGAAAGGAGAGGAAGAAGACAUAGAGGAGGAGGAAACCGAAAAGGAAAAACUUCCAAACAUUUCAUUUUUAAAAAUAUUAAAACUGAAUAAAUCAGAGUGGCUUUAUAUUCUGAUUGGAACUCUUGCUGCAACCAUAAAUGGAGGAGUUCAUCCAGCAUUCAGUGUAAUAUUUGCUAAAGUUAUAGCUAUUUUUGGAACUGAUGAUGACGAGUUUAUACAAAGGGAAAUAAAUAUUUACUCCAUUAUAGUCACUGUUAUUGGUGUGGUUUCCUUCUUUACAUUUUUUUUACAGGGCUUCAUGUUCGGAAGAUCAGGAGAGGUCCUCACCAUGAGGCUAAGACAAAUGGCAUUUAAAUCUAUGCUGCGCCAGGAAAUUUCAUGGUUUGAUGACAAGAAAAACAGUACUGGAGCUUUAACAACAAGACUUGCCACAGAUGCUUCUCAGAUACAAGCUGCAACUGGUUCCAGACUUGGGCUGGUGGCUGAAAACUUUGCCACAAUGGGAGUAGGUAUCAUAGUCUCUUUCAUUUUUGGAUGGGAAAUGACAUUGCUGAUUCUGGUCAUGACUCCUGUUCUCGUGAUAACUGGACUUCUUGAGACUAGAGCACUGGUGGGCUUCGCUAAUCGAGAUAAAAAACAACUUCAAUAUGCUGGCAAGAUUGCAAGUGAAACAGCGGACAACAUCCGAACAGUGGUAUCACUAACCAGAGAGGAGACAUUUGAAGAAAUGUACAGUGAAAGCCUGCAGAAACCAUUCAGGAAUGCUCAGCGCAAGGCUCAGACGUAUGGCAUCUGUUUUGCAUUUAGCCAGUCCUUCAUACAUUUCACCUAUGCCGCAAGCUACCGUUUUGGGGGUUAUAUGAUUGAAAUUGGAAGGAUGAACCCAGAGGACGUAUUUCUGGUGUUUUCUUGCCUGGCGUAUGGAGCUCUUACUGUAGGACAAACAUUAUCCUUUGCUCCUGAUUAUGCAAAAGCCAAAUCUGCAGCUUCUCAUUUGUUUCAAUUAUUCAACUCUGAACCAUCUAUAGACAGCUACAGCAAGGAUGGACUGAAACCAGAAAAAUAUGAAGGAAAUUCAGAAUUAUCCAAAGUGUCCUUCAAUUAUCCAUCUCGUCCAGAUGUGCCUGUUCUGAAAGCACUAUCGGUUGCAAUAUCAAGAGGACAAACAGUGGCAUUUGUAGGUAGCAGUGGAUGUGGAAAAAGCACCUCUAUUCAGCUUCUCCAGAGAUUCUAUGAUCCAUCCCAAGGAGCAGUGCUGUUUGACAAAGAAGAAGCCAAUAAUUUGAAUGUUCAAUGGUUAAGAAAUCAGAUAGGAAUUGUGUCCCAGGAGCCAGUGCUGUUUGACCGCAGUAUUGCUGAAAACAUUGCCUAUGGGGACAACACUCGUGAAGUGCCUAUGGAGGAGAUAGAACAAGCUGCAAAGGCUGCAAACAUUCACUCCUUCAUAGAAGAGCUGCCAGAGAAAUAUAACACAUCAGUUGGAGGUAAAGGAACUCAACUGUCUGGAGGUCAAAAGCAGAGAAUCGCUAUUGCCCGGGCACUGAUACGUUCUCCAAAAGUUCUGCUGCUUGAUGAAGCCACCUCAGCACUGGACAAUGAAAGUGAAAAGGUUGUACAACAAGCCCUAGAUCAAGCACGGAAGGGAAGGACUUGCAUCAUGAUUGCUCAUAGACUGUCCACAGUCCAGAAUGCAGAUCUCAUUGUCGUAAUGAAAAACGGAAGAGUAAUAGAAAAGGGAACUCACCAACAGCUUCUGGCAAAGCGAGGGGAGUAUUAUGACCUUGUGAAUGCACAGACUAUAACCUAAUCUGAGAUAAGUGGAUGGUGACAUCUGGAUAUAAAAUCAGCUGCAUACUAUGGUGGUGUGGAGAGUCAAGUCAAGCAGUCACGACUGAGAGACUGCUGCUGAAUACAAGACCAUAAAGAAGUGCAAACAGCAUAAAGAGGACAAACUGUUGAGUCAUACAAAUCCCAGCUUGGUUUAAGUCUUAAGAAUGCUGUGACCCAACUGAGACUCAACGGUUCAACCUUUAUUGAUGGAAAUGGUCAAUAAGUGUGUCUAUACACGCAAAUGAGGAUCAUUAUAAGUAGGGCAGUCACGUUCUCUGCCUUUAUAAAUAAGUAUGAAGAGAUACCUCUUGAAACUUGAGCAUGCUACUGUUACUUUCUAUACAAAGGCAGGAGUAAGGAUGAUAGAUCAAUAGAUAGAUAGAUAGAUAGAUAGAUAGAUAGAUAGAUAGAUAGAUAGAUUAAGCCACGGAUAGAUGAUAAAUAAAUAGAAAUGAUAUAUGCAAAUAAUUAUUUUUAAUAAACAAAUAGAAAUGAUUUGUGAUUUUCUUUGAUAUCCACUCAUCAGUAAUAUAAGCUGGAAAAAAAAUUGCUAUAUGAGAUGCUUGCUUAGUUACAUUUAAAUUAAAAGUUCUGUUUUUAAACCCAUUUGAAGCUCAGCAUUCUGUACGGAACCAUUUCUUAAUCUUUAUACCACUUGCUAUUCCCUGCAUAGACUAAGUUCUGUUAUACAUUUCUGAUUGUCUUUGGCUGCCUUUAGGGGGAGCUUAGCAGUGUGACUGCAUUUAGUUUUAUUGGAUAAGUUCAGUAUACAGUAUAAACUGUAUGCAAUCAUUUCCUAAAAUUUCCCUACCAAUGCCUGCAGGCAGCCAGAAUCUUCUUUUUAAACCUCUGGCUCAGAUUUUCUAAUCGUAAAGAUGGCGUAAGCUUAGACAGGCUGUGUAGACCUGCACCAGAUGUAUCACAGGGGCUCAGGCUGGAUGAUAAAUCUGGUGCAGGGAUAGACACUUCUCUGACUCUACGACAACUAUUGUUUGACUUACUUUAAGGCAGGAUUUUGCAUAAUAGCGCAUCUUAGGCCCCACCCCUUUCACGUUUUGCUCCAUCCCUUUCUUAUAAGCACCACCCCUUCGUCAAGCAUUUAAUAAAAAAGUUUAUAAACCCUUUCUGUGCCAGAUUGUGUCACUUUAUAGACAGAUUUUUGGUGCAGACGCAUUAGUAAAUCUGGGCCUCUGUGUCUUGACUGAGGAUUUGGAGCACUGAAUCGAGUAUGGAGAUUUGAACAAAACAAAGAUAUACUCAGUUAAAUGAAUCCUACAUAUUUAAUAUAUAAAAAAAUGGUGCUCCAGGUUGGACAUUUGCUUCAGGGACACCUCCACUGAAACCUAGAUGCUUUACACCACCAGGUCUUCCUUUAUCAGGGAUUAUGUAUGCUGUAAAUUCUAGAAAAGGAUGGCCUAAGCGAUUAUACUACAGCAUAAAAGGUGCGCUGUUGCCUCAGGUUUAUUUAUACAUAUUUUGUAUUUACUUUUAAUUUUCAACAACAGAUUUACUUUUACUUUCUUUGGGUAAAGAAUCUUGUAUUGAAUCGGUUGGAAAAUAUGUUUCAAAUUUUGUAUCAAAUUCAGUCUCUAAAAUAUUUGAACUUUUAUUACAAUCUUCUAAAUCUAUUUUUAAAAGAAAAAUGCCUCCAUCAACCUUCCACAGUAAGAGUGCAUUCACACAACCUUUUUUCUGGGUCCGCUUUCCAAUGGGUCAUGUCCUAUUGGCAGAACAUGUCCUAUUCUUGUCCGCAAUCACAGAAAAUAAUAGGCAUUUCUUUAUAGGGCUGGCCCUGUGCAUUCCACAAAAUGCGAAUGCACACAGCCGGUAUCCGUGUUUUGCGGAUCCGCAAUUUGCUGACCGCGAAACACUAACGGUCGUCUGAAUGUAGCCAAACAGUGUUAUUCUGGAUUAAAAUGAAUAAUAAUUUUUUCUCUAGAAACAGCGUACCUCUUGUUCAUGGGCUGUGUCUGGAAUUAUAGCCCCUGCUUAACUGAAGUGAAUGGUGAUCUCCAAUCCAAGACUCAGCCCAUUGACAAGACAGGUUCUGUUUCAGAAGAAAAGUAAAAAUAUGUCCAUUUAUAUAUUAUGUACUACUUUCAGCAAUAUGUCACACUCUUCUUUCACAUCCAGAAUGAAACUAAAACUUCUGCUGUUUCCCUUUUGGAAUCUCUGUGUGGUUUAUUUGCUCUUCACAGACAUUCAUGUGACUUAUCAGCUGAGCGACAAAUUGCUGGGAGUCUGUUAAGUUUAAUAGUCUUUAUUAUUUUAUCUCCAAUGGCACCUCUGAUCCAUUGCUGUCCCUCCGCCCUCUCUCUGUAUUUGCUUCCUGUAUACCGCUGCAGCCUAAACAACAAAAUAAGAAAAUAACCUACCCAAAUAAAUAAAAUAUAUGUACCCAAGUGACUACUGCACCCUAUCUCUGUCCUCAUUUGUCUACAGCACAGUGUGCAUCCGCUCCCAUGGUCCCUAUUGGUCUUUAUGGACUUUGCUAUAGCCUAAUAAUUGAUGCAGCGAAUCAAUGGCUUCAACAGUCUGGUGCUGUAUACCACGGAAACUGGAGAUUGGCUGCAGCAGUCACUGGGGUAGGUUCUUACCCCAGUGACUGCUGCAGCCCAUGUAUAUAUACAUACUGUGGAAUGUUAUAUGUGCUGCAUAUGGGGAGUUUUCCUUUUUUCCUUUAAAUUUAUUGAACUUUUGAAGUUGUACUGUUGGUAUGGUUGCUAAAUAUGUUUAUAUGCGCUGACUAAUGACUAAGAAAUGACUAAUAAAGUAUU